AUGAAUUCUAAUAGGAAACGAAAUUUACCUAUCACUCCAUCAACUUCUCCUCUGAAGAAGCCAAAAGACGAUCCAGAUAGUGAUGAUUCUUUUGAAAAUUUUGUAAUAAAUGUUUCACCAAGAUCGAGAAGUGGAAAGAUUGAAUUGGAAGACUCAUUCGAUAAACCGAUUACUCAAAAAGUUGAAAUCAAGAAAAAAGGUAAGCUCUGAUUUCAGUUAUUUAUAAAAAAAUAUCUCGUAUUUCAGAAAGCGGCAUCCCUGGAUUUCCUUGGAUUGGAAUUGACAAUCGAGUUCGAUUAGAAGUUGUGAAAUCUGAAAAUAUUGAAGGAACUUUGCAUGUUGAAUGUAAAAAUGGAAGUAUUGUAUAUUUGCAAGAUCAAUGGAGUGAAACAAAAAUUGAAGGAGGAGAUAUUCUAAAUCUGAUAGACCCUAAAAAAUGGGCGGAAGAUGAUUACAUAAUCGAUAGUGAACAAGGUGUUUUGAUUGUGAAUCCAGAUGUUCUCGUACCAUGUACUUCAACUGCUAGUUCAACUUGGUGUUCUAGAAAACAAAUAUUGAAUGAUCGCUUCAAAUUUGGAAAUAGUAGCAACAAAGCAAUGUUAUUAGGAACAAUUAUUCAUGAGAUUUUUCAAAGUGCAUUAAUGAUUAAGAAAAGACCGAUAAAAGAAGAAGAUUUAUUAGAAAUUUGGAAGAAAGAAUCGAAAAACUAUAUUCAAGAGUUAAUCGCGUUGAGUUUCACACCAAAUUGUUUCAAUGCAGAGAUUCAACCAUAUUUGCCGGUUUGUCGAUCAAUUUCAAAAAUUAAUUUCAUUAUUUUUCACAGAUUAUCUGCGAUUGGAUAAACAAAAAACUUCCAAAAGCCUCAUUUUUCGAAAAACCAAGCCCACUUCCAUCAAAAUCAAUAAUCUCCGAAGUUCAUGAUAUUGAAGAUAAUAUUUGGGAACCAUUAUUAGGAAUGAAAGGAAAAGUUGAUGUAACAAUUCGAACAAAAUCAGGAACUAUGGAAUCAAUUGAAUUGAAAACGGGGAAAAGUAGUGGAUCAACUGAACAUAUGGCACAAGUUUUGAUGUAUUCUAUGAUGCUAUCAUCGAAAUAUGAUCAGAAAAUUGGAUUCGGUAAUUUAUUGUACCUCAAGGUGAAUGUUUUUUACAAGGGAGCGUAAGGUUUUCUGGUAGAUCUGGGUUUAUCUAGGACUAGAGAUUCUAAGCUUCAAGCUCCUAGAAUUUGUGAAUUUGAAAAGUCAAAUGUAUUUUUCAGGACGGAGAAUCUCGUUCUGUUUCACCACGUGCUCAAGAACUAAUUGCCAUAAUCCAGCAAAGAAACGGGUUGGCAAAAUAUUUGGAAAAUAGUUUUCAAAAUCUGUUGCCAGGUAAGUAAAACAUCAUAGAUUUUUUUCUAAAAAUAAAACUUCAAAAAUACAAUAUCACAUUUUUCAGAACCUCGUUCUGAAAGCCGUUUUUGUGAUAAAUGUGAUCAUAAGAUGAUGUGUAGUUUUUAUCAGAAAAACGAGGAGAAAUUCGGGUUGACAAAAAAUGAGAAAAUGCGCGAAUUUGCUGAACAAGAAAUGGCACAUCUCAAAAAGGAACAUUUUGGUAAAGAUUUUCCAAGAAAAUUUUUCAUUCGAGAUUUUUUUAGAUUAUGUUUCGAGGUGGAUUAAAUGGAUAUUAGCUGAAUGGAAAUCUGAAAAUGAUCGAAAUAAUUUUCAGAUCAAAGAUUUGUGGCUAACUACUGUAGAUCAAAGGUAUAUUUUCACGGAAUUUCUAAUUUUCAGUUUUUAAAUUAGUUAUCUUUCAGAAAAGAACGAGGAACUUGUGUUGCCCAAUUAUACGUGGAAAAUUGCUUCAAAAACAUCAUCACAUUUUCACCAAAAAUUGAAAUUUCAACAACAACAACAACAAAAAACGCUACAGAAUUUCGAAAUGGAGAUAUUUGUGUGAUUUCGACUGAAAAACAAUUGGCAAUUGGAAUCGCUGCAAUCACCAAAAUUCAUGAAAAAUCUGGGAAAAUCGAGUUAUCAUUUGAUAAACCACUGAAAAUUGGCUCUGGACCUUAUUAUUUGGAUAAAUACACAAGUUAUAGUAAUUUCUCUACAAUUCUCGGAAAUUUAACAUAUUUCAUGGGAAAUGAUGAGAUUGGAAAGAUGUUGAGAAAUACAUUGGUCGAUUUGAUUCCCCCAGAAAUUCCGAAAAUUGGCGAAUUAUCACAGAAUGUUCGGAAAAUUAUUGGGAAAGCAAAGUUGAAUAAUGAACAAAGAUUGGCUGUGAUAAAUGCGUUGGUUAUGGAAAAUUAUUUGAUUGUUGAAGGUUUACCUGGUUCAGGUAAAUAAAAUAAAUAAUAUUUUUUGUUAAACAAAAAACCCCAUCUUCUUCCAGGUAAAACCACACUUAUCUCAAUCCUGAUUCAAUGUCUAAUUGCUACUGGAAAAACUGUAUUAUUAGCCGCUUUUACUCACUCAGCAGUUGAUAAUAUAUUGACAAAACUAACGAAUGAUAUUGAAGAUGACAAGAUUUUACGGCUUGGAAAUUUGUCGUCGAUUGGGGAAAAUAUUCGGAAAGUUGCAUUGAUGACAAAAAUGCAAAAUGUUAACAAUGAUUAUGGAGAAGUUAAGAAGAUUUUGAAAAAUACGGUAGGUUUUUGGGGAUUUUUGAAAAAAAACUGAAUAAAAAUCGAACCGGGAGCUCUAAAUAUCGAAUUUUUCAAAAGUUUCGUCUGAUUUUUCAGAAGUUCUGUAAAAAAAAAUUGGACUCGGUUCAAUUCAGAAAUCGUAAAUAAUCUGAAAUUUUCAAAAAUCAGGCUCUUUGUGAAUUUCUGAAUCUUCUCUACAAAAAUUCAAUUUUCCAGCCAGUUGUUGCCUGUACUUGUCAUCAUGUUCCACGUGAACUUCUCUUCUCCUAUCGAAAAUUCGAUUUUGUUAUUGUUGACGAAGCAUCGAUGGUUUUGGAACCAUUAAUUUUACCGGUUUUGGCAACAAGUAGAAAAUUUGUGUUGGUUGGAGAUUGCAAGCAAUUAACACCACUUGUUUUAUCCAAAAAAGCCAAGUUUGUUGAAAUUUAGUUUUUCAUUUUAAAAAUAUUGUUUCAGAACUGAAGGAGCUGAAAUAUCAACAAUGCAAAAAUUGCAAAAUUCUCACCCAAAAAUUGGGUAGAAACUGAAAGGGUUUUUCUGAAAGGGGGUUGACCCCCUUAAAAGGGGGUCAGAGCAAGAAGUCUGAAAGGGGGUCAAGUAUAGUAAAAAGGGUUUUACUGAAAGGGGGUUAAUCUGAAAGGGGUUUGACCCAUAUCACAAAAAGGGUUUUUCUGAAAGGGGUUGACCACUCAAAAGGGGGUCAACUUUUUUUUUUUCAAAAAAGGGGGUCAACUUUUUUUCAAAAAAGGGGGUCAACUUUUUUUUCAAAAAGGGGGUCAACUUUUUUCAAAAAGGGUUUUUCUGAAAGGGGGUCAACUUUUUUUUCAAAAAAGGGGUCAACUUUUUUUCAAAAAGGGAGUCAACUUUUUUUUCAAAAAAGGGGUCAACUUUUUUUCAAAAAAGGGGGUCAACUUUUUUUUCAAAAAGGGUUUUUCUGAAAGGGGGUCAACUUUUUUUCAAAAAGGGUUUUUCUGAAAGGGGGUCAAUAUUUUUGAAAAAAAGGGGUAAUUUUUGGAGGAAAAAAAGAGGGUUUAAUGUAAAUAAUCUGUUAUUCAAGGCUUAGGCUUAGUGAACGCCCAGACAACUUAGACACUCAGGACCCGCUUUUCGUCCCAAAAAUUUGACCCCCUUAUUGAAAAAAAAAAUGUUUUGAAUAAAAAAUUUGACCCCUUUUUGAAAAAAAAUUUGACCCCCUUUUUUCCUCCAAAUAUGACCCCCUUUUUGAAAAAAAUGUUAACCCCCUUUUUUGAAAAAAAAGUUGACCCCCUUUUUUGAAAAAAAAAAGUUGACCCCCUUUCAGAAAAACCCUUUUUGAAAAAAAAAAGUUGACCCCUUUUUUGAAAAAAAAGUUGACCCCCUUUUUGAAAAAAAUGUUAACCCCCUUUUUUGAAAAAAAAGUUGACCCCCUUUCAGAAAAACCCUUUUUGAAAAAAAAAGUUGACCCCCUUUUUUGAAAAAAAAAGUUGACCCCCUUUCAGAAAAAUCCUUUUUGAAAAAAAAAGUUGACCCCCUUUUUUGAAAAAAAAAGUUGACCCCCUUUUUUGAAAAAAAAAGUUGACCCCCUUUUUUGAAAAAAAAGUUGACCCCCUUUCAGAAAAACCCUUUUUUCAAAAAAAAAAAUUUGACCCCCUUUUUUGAAAAAAAAUGUGACCCCCUUUUUGAGUGGUCAACCCCCUUUCAGAAAAACCCUUUUUGUGAUAUGGGUCAAACCCCUUUCAGAUUAACCCCCUUUCAGUAAAACCCUUUUUACUAUACUUGACCCCCUUUCAGACUUCUUGCUCUGACCCCCUUUUAAGGGGGUCAACCCCCUUUCAGAAAAACCCUUUCAGUUUUUGCCCAAAAAUUGUUGUCUCACUUACCUCACAAUAUCGGAUGAAUAGGUAGGUUUUCAAUUGAAAAUUCUUCCACAAAACCUUUUUUUUUUCAGCGAGAUUUCGAAAUUAUCGAGUAAAUUGUUUUAUGAGAAUCGAUUGAUUUGUGGAAAUGAAUUGGUUUCGCGAAGUUGUUUAGCGAGAAAUGGAGAAUACACGGUGAAAACCAAGAAAAAUGAGGGUUAUUUGAAUCGUGCUCUCUCACCAAAUCUUGAAGAUUCUUGUGUUUUCAUUGACACGGAGUGCGAGAAAAAUGAAAGUAUGAAAUGUGAAGAUUUUGAAAAAGGAGGAUGUUUGAAUAAAGGAGAAGCUGUGAUUAUUGAAGAAUUGUAUAGGAAUCUUUUAGAGGUUGGUUUGCUGGGCGAGUUAAAGAUUUUGGAAUUUUGAAAGUCUGGCUUUCACGUUUUCGUCUUUUCCAAACCCAAUUUCCUAAUUCCGUCAAUAAUUAAGAAUGGCAUAAAACCUGAUGAAAUUGGAAUAAUGUCUGCAUAUCGAAGACAAGUUGAUUAUAUUCAACAACAUUAUAAUCUUCCAAUUGAGGUAAGUCUACAUGAAAUCAAAUAAAAAAGUGAUUGAAAAUGAGUGACAAUUAAGGUGAAUACAAUUGAUUCGUAUCAAGGACGAGAGAAGCGGGUGAUUAUUUGGACAAUUACUUGGACUAACAACUCUUCGAAGGUAAUUUUAGUAAUUAUUAUUUAUUAUAUUUAUUUUUUAUUUUUCAGAAAUCUGAAUUACUUCGAGAUGAGAGACGUGUUAAUGUUGCAUUGACACGUGGAAAACAGAAAUUAAUUAUAAUUGGAUGUCGAAAAAGUUGUGAUGAAAUUCCGAUUCUUUAUGAACUCAACAAAUUGAUCGAAGAGAAAAAUGGUUUCGUGAAAAUAGAAAUAUGA